AUGGAACUUUCUCAACCUCGUUCAACAGCCCUGAACAUGCAUAAAAUGCAGCUUGGAGAAGAACCUGGUCUUUCCAAGUCGGCUAGUUGUCGGCUGUACUCUCAGUUGAAGUCAGCCAUUCCAUUUAAUUCAAGCUUUUCGCUGGUUUCCAAGAGAGCGAAAGAGAGAAUGGGUCAUGGACACCAUAAGUGCUGCAACAAACAAAAAGUGAAGAGAGGGACGUGGUCACCUGAGGAAGAUGAGAAACUUUCAAUGCACAUUUCUGCCUGCGGCCAUGGCUGUUGGAGUGCAGUUCCUAGACUUGCUGCCAAGUAUCUUCCCGGAAGAACAGACAAUGAAGUGAAAAACUUUUGGAAUUCAAGUAUCAAGAAAAAACUCAUGGCAAUGAAUCUUUCUAAUAUGGCUCCAGUUUCUGAUCUAGCCGCAAUUUCUAAUCUGGCAAAUUCUGCCAGGAGCAAUUUUCAAGGUUUGUGCUCAAUGAAUUCAAACUCUAAUCUGAUCCCAACUGCCCAAAUGGAUCAAGUCUACAUCCCAGCAGCCCCAAAUAAUCCACUGCCACAAGGGUUUGAUAAGGUGAAUUUCAAUACCAAUUUACCCACUCCGCUGCCAUCUUUUCCUCUUUCAUCCCUGGAUUCAACUGCAUAUGAUCUGCCGCCCGUAUGGAUGCCAUCGGAAUACCAGAAACCUCAACUGAUUGAUCAUCAGCAACAAUUGAACGAACAGGAAGAUACUUCCAUGUUCAUCACUGGCGGCGCUGGGGCUCCACAAUUUUUCAACCUGCCGCCAUUAAUGGGUACUUAUGAUGAUACAUCAGCAUUUAAUGGGCUCCUGGAACUCAGUCAAAUGACCAACGGGAAUCAGUUUGGAAUGUGCUCUUCAUCUGUUUCACCAGUUCUUGCACCAGUUUCUGCAGGUUUUUCAGGAUUCACUUCUGUCCAUGCACCUAAGAUGCAGCUUUCUUUGUAUUUUCGGGAGCUCGGAAUGCUUGAGAUAUUAAGUGCAGAAGUUGAACCUAAAUUUUCCUUCAAUUGGGUUCCAUUUGCUGUGGAUAUCACUCAACAGGAAGCUCUAUUAAUGCUAAAGAACUUAAGAUUGGUAUUUGGAUUGAAGCUUUUCAGUUCUGAGCAUGGUUCCUAUGAUUGUGAUCAAGAUAUACAGAUUACUGAAGAUGAUGUCAAGGCAGAACAACUAUGUACAAGACAGGAAUAUGCAAGAUGCCUGCAAGACCCUGAUUUUCAAUCCAUUCAGUCACUAGCUGAGGCUGGCAUUAUUAGAAGCUAA